ACUGAGUGGCGCGCGCUGUGCUUCUUGCUGUCCCUGGCCUGGUUGCUUUCGGCAUGGAGGAAAUUUAUGCUAAGUUUGUGUCACAGAAAAUCAGCAAGACCCGCUGGCGACCGGUACCUCCGGGGAGCCUGCAGACCGCGGAGACUUUCGCCACGGGCUCUUGGGACAAUGAGGAAAAUUAUGUUUCACUGUGGUCUAUUGGAGAUUUUGGGAACUUGGACUCUGAUGGAGGAUUUGAAGGAGACCAUCAGUUAUUGUGUGAUAUCAGACACCAUGGUGAUGUAAUGGAUUUACAAUUUUUUGACCAGGAAAGAAUUGUAGCUGCUUCAUCAACAGGAUGUGUAACAGUUUUCCUUCACCAUCCGAAUAACCAGACUCUGUCAGUCAGCCAGCAGUGGACAACAGCUCAUUACCACACAGGUCCGGGCAGUCCUUCCCGUAGCAGCGCACCAUGCACAGGUGUUGUGUGCAGCAACCCAGAAAUUGUCACAGUUGGAGAAGAUGGUCGAGUAAAUCUCUUUAGAGCUGAUCACAAGGAAGCUAUAAGAACUAUAGACAAUGCAGAUAGCAGUACACUCCAUGCUGUAACCUUCCUUCGAACUCCUGAGAUUCUUACAGUAAAUUCAAUUGGACAGUUAAAAAUAUGGGAUUUUAGACAACAAGGAAAUGAGCCCUCUCAGAUAUUAUCACUGACUGGUGACCGAGUGCCACUCCACUGUGUUGAUAGACAUCCCAACCAGCAGCAUGUUGUAGCUACCGGUGGUCAGGAUGGAAUGUUAAGUAUUUGGGAUGUUAGACAAGGUACAAUGCCCGUGUCUCUACUGAAGGCUCAUGAAGCUGAAAUGUGGGAAGUUCACUUUCACCCAUCCAACCCAGAUCAUCUGUUUACUUGUUCUGAAGAUGGAUCUCUCUGGCAUUGGGAUGCCUCCACAGAUGUACCUGAGAAGUCAUCACUCUUUCACCAAGGAGGAAGAAGCAGUACUUUUUUGUCUCACAGCAUUAGUAACCACGCUAAUGUUCAUCAGUCUCUUAUAAGCUCCUGGCUCAUCACUGAUCCUGCCAAAGACCGUAUUGAAAUCACAAGCUUGCUUCCCAACAGGACUUUGUCUGUGAACAGUUUGGAUGUUUUAGGUCCUUGUCUUGUUUGUGGAACCGAUGCAGAAGCAAUUUAUGUUACUAGACAACUUUUUUCAUGAAGAUACUAAAAGAUUUCAUGUAACACAUACAGUUAUAGCCUUUCAAAUUCCAGCUUCUCUAUGCAAAUUUUUAUUAUUGGAAAAUGUGAAAUUUGCAGGGGAAGCAUCCAUAAACUAUUGUAAAUUUUGAUGCCCAGUUUCAGCUUUUGUUAGUUGAAUAUUCUUCUAAUAGUAGCUAGCGUCUGAUUAAUGAUGAUGGCAAAAGAAUCGGACCGUGUGGAAGAACAUCAGAGGGACCCUUGUGCUGAUGAACGCACUGCCUUCAGCACAGUUUUGGGCAGCUCAUGGAGCCAACUCUUCAUGUUGAUGUUGUAGGGCUCAAAAGUGUCAAACCACCAAUGGGUUCCUAUCCUUUUUAUUAAUGGUAUGUGGGGUAUACCCCUCCCUGGUGGCCUUAGCUAGUAUUUAUUCUUUUUACUACAAGUAUUUUCUUCAGUUCUUCCGCGCUUUAUUUCCUUAAUAAUUUUUGUAAACUUUUUUCAGAA